GAAGGAGCAAAAAUGUGUUCUGUUAUUAGCAAUUAGCAGUGAAGACCAUGCAAAUGCAGAUGUGUGAUAAAGUAUUUAGCCAGUCCCCUAGUCACAUCGGCAUUUGGCUAAGGAAUGUCCCGGAAAACAUUUUCAUCCCCUGGGGAAAAAUAUUUCCUUUCUUGGUAUUUAGAAUUUCCAUUAAUGACCUUUUCGAGUGACUUUGGACAUUCUCUAAUGGCAAUAUGGUCCAUUUGUUUUUCUUCCUGCACUGUGGUGUAUGUGGAGAUGCUGCAUUUCUUUUUUACGGAUUUUAUGUCAAUUUGAACCAUUCCUAAUAAUUUGAUGUGAUAUAUACCAAGCCUGAGUGUGUUUUUAGUGAUGUGUUGAGUUUUUUGUGUUUGUUUUGAGAAUGUGUUAUAUCUUUAAAGAAGUGAUUCAAGUAUCAUGGCAAAGCUGUCAGCAUACCAAGCUGUUGAAAAAAUUGGCUGUUUCUUUCAGAGGUAAUGCUUAGCCUGUGGAAUAAGAGUGGGUGAUGACUUGAUAGAAGGCAGUGGAUUGAUGGGAAGGGUAUGAAGGCAGUUUUUCUGGUGCCUGCAUUUUAAUUAGUUUAUAGUGCUAAUAGAUUCCACAUACUAUGGGAGUUAAGUAGUAAAGCAAUAGGGAUGGUUUUCUCUUCUAAAAAUUUGCACACUGCUUCAUCUCUACCAACUUUUUAUAUAACACAAAAUCAAAAUGCAAAUACAUAUGCAUAUGGAUACAUGAUAUUUAGAGAGGGAAAAACAAUGAACAUAGUUUAGUUUUUAAAAAGUUACUUGCAUGAAAGCAAGAUUUCCAUAUUUUGUUUUUAAAGAAAACAUUCUUUCUACUAAGAAUACAUUUGGAGCUCGGGGGCAAGGCAGGCAAGUUCGGGGCUGUGCCGCCCACUCCGGGUCCUGGCCCACGGCCGCGCUUCGGCCCUCCGGCCCCCAGUUCCCUGCAGUUCCCCGAGACUCGCCGAGCGCCGCUGCUCAGCCCCGCGACGCGCAGGCAGGGUGGCCACUGCCGUGGGUGCGAAUGAGCCUAACAUGAUGAAGAGCCGAAUCCCUGUGGUGCUCCUGGCCUGUGGCAGCUUCAACCCCAUCACCAACAUGCACCUGCGCUUGUUUGAGGUGGCCAGAGACCACCUACACCAAACAGGAAUGUACCAGGUUGUCCAGGGCAUCAUCUCUCCUGUCAAUGACAACUAUGGGAAGAAAGACCUGGCACCUUCCCAUUAUCGAGUGGCCAUGGCCCGGCUGGCCCUGCAGACUUCCGACUGGAUCCGGGUGGACCCCUGGGAGAGUGAGCAGGCCCAGUGGAUGGAGACGGUGAAGGUGCUGAGGCAUCAUCACAGUGAACUGCUCAGAUCUCCGCCCCAGAUGGAAGGGCCAGACCACGGCCACGCAGCUGUGCCUGAGCUGAAGCUCCUCUGCGGGGCAGGCGUCUUGAAAUCCUUCCGAACCCCCAACCUCUGGAAGGAGGCACACAUCCAGGAAAUAGUGGAGGAGUUUGGCAUGGUGUGCGUGGGCCGAGCGGGUCACGACCCUAAGGGGUAUGUCUGGGAGUCGCCCGUCCUGCAGAGGCACCAGCACAACGUUCACCUCGCCAAGGAGCCCGUGCAGAACGAGAUCAGCGCCACGUACAUCAGGCGGGCCUUGGGCCAAGGGCAGAGCGUCAAGUACCUGCUCCCCGACGCCGUCAUCGCCUACAUCAAGGAACACAAGCUGUACACCAACGGCAGUUCCCGGGAAGGCAAAAGCACCCAGAGCAAUGAAGGAAAAACGAGCUAGGGAGAGACUCAGCGGACGGGCGGGCGGGCCGGCCACUCCUCCUCCACCAGUCUCCUGCCAGGGAGAAGGCAGUUCAGGCUUUUGUGUUGCUUUGAUUUUUGCUUUUCCAUUUGUUUUAUUUCUACAGUGAUUUUACUUCUGAGGAGUCUUCUGUCUCAGGAAGAGAUAGCUUAUUAUGGGGGCAGGGAGUGUGUGCCUCACAAAGAUGGACAUUUAUCAGAGAAGUUAAGACGGUGUGGCAGGUCAUUAAGAUUAGGCAAAAAUCCCUCAGAACCAAUGAAUGAGGAGGCCUUCUUAUUUUGUGUAAAUGGUAAUUAUGGUGUGCGCACUAAAUGCAGUUCUGAGCAUGGCAGGGGCCCCUGAAGGUCAGAUCAGAAUUGCCCACAAUGGAUUUUUUUUAACGACGACCAGAUGCAGUGAGCUGGUCUUGAUUGGAGAGAUUUGACAGGAUGCUAAUUACUGAA